AUGGGGGAUAGGAAUCGGUUUGAGCUGCUCGAAGAAGCAAUUGAAAGCAUUAUUAACCAUGCCCGCGAGGCUGGUAUAAUUGUAUGUGAUUAUCAACCGAGCAUUACUUUUCAAAGAAGAAUAAAUGAACUAGUAAUUAGAUUGCAGGACGUAAACAAACUGCAAAAUGAUUUUCACGACGUUUUUGUUCCCAUAGAAGUUUUUACCAAAAUAGAUGCUGGCCAAAAUCCUCAGUUAUACACCAGGGAGUGUAUGGAACGUGCCUUAGCUAGAAAUGAAGCCGUCCGAGGGAAGCUGGAGAGUCUUCGUCGCUUUAGGGCAUUGCUUAUGUCUGAACUUUCCUCUUAUUUUCCGAAUGAAAUUGCCAAGUAUCGAUCUGUUCGCGGGGACCCUGACGCAUUUGCCCCAAUUCCGUCUUCAGUCGGAAGUCUAAGCCAUGGCAACACAAAUGUUUUCGGAACCUCUCAACAACAUGCGGCGCUUCAUUCUCAGACAAACGGAUCUACCUCCGACGCUGGUGAUGAUAUUUUCCAAAAUCGAUUGCCUCCAUAA